ACAGCCUGCAAGGAUGGGGGCCAGGCUGCUGUGCCUGUGCCUCCUCACUGCCCUCCUCGGCUACUACAUCUACAGCCCGCUGCCCGAGGAGCUGGGCCAGCCCUGGUCCGUGGUGCUCGUCUCGGCUGCCUUGAGAACCCUGGCACACGUGGCUGUGAAUGAGACCAGUGACUGCUUUCUGACGAACAGAGUACUAGAAAAGUAUUUUCUCUCCACCAUGUACAGCCUUGAGUUCAUUAUAGGUGCCAUUGGAAACACCAUUGUGGUGUUUGGCUAUAUUUUCUGCCUGAAAAAAUGGAAAAGCUGCAACAUCUACCUGUUCAAUUUGUCCAUAUCAGAUUUGUUGUUUCUGUGCACUCUGCCAAUACUGGUGAACAGCUACUCCCAAGAUCAGUGGACAAAGGAGGGCAUCCUGUGCCACAGCAACAGAUUCCUGCUGCAUGCCAAUCUGUACAGCAGCAUCCUCUUCCUCAUGGCCAUCAGCGUUGACCGGUACAUGCUGAUAAAACACCCCUUCAGGGAUCACAUCCUGCAGAAGAGGAAAACAGCUGUCAUGGUGUCCAUUGCCAUAUGGAUUGGGGUGAUCCUGGAGCUGCUGCCCCUGCUGCAUUUCCUGGAGCCUCUAAAAGCCACCAACAAUUACAAAUGUCUUGAUUAUGCGAGCUCUGGGGACCCUGUGACAAACCUCAUCUACAGCCUGUUCCUCACUGUCUUUGGCUUCCUCAUCCCUCUCCUCACCAUGUGCUGCUUCUACGUGAAGAUGGUUCGUUUCCUUAAAAACAGGAGGGAGCAAAUCAGCUCUGCCCUGACCCUGGAGAAGCCCCUCAGCCUGGUGAUCCUCACCGUGGUGAUUUUUUCCCUGCUCUUCACUCCCUACCACGUCAUGCGCAAUGUCCGGAUCGCGUCCCGAAUCCCAGCCUUGAGCGUCUCUGAGUGCACCCAGGGAAUCAUCAGCACCAUUUACAUCAUCACCAGACCCUUUGCCUUUCUAAACAGUGCCAUUAAUCCUGUUUUUUACUUCCUGAUGGGUGACCACUUCCGAGAGAUGCUGAUUGCCAAAGCAAGACAGCUCUUGGGCAGGCUGACAAGCACGGGCAAGUGAAGGAGUAACCAGACCCCCUGUAGUGGGAGAGGUCUGGGAGGAAACUCUCUUAGGGAGAGCAUUCAGUAAUGUGCCAUUGUUUUUUAGAUAACUUUAUUUAUGCAAUAGAAUAGGUACGAGCUUAUUGUGUUCCUCUGAACGCCCCUGUUACCUUAUUGCACUUCUUGAGAACUUACUGAGACUUCUGCUGAGCUGCUCCAGCACACCAGGAGGGAUGCUCUGCUGGCUUCCAGCAGGACCUGCUCUGGACUGGGAUACCCCAUGGCCAUUAAUACAGCAAUCAAAAGGCCAUCAAAGCAGCCCUUGGAGGGAAAACACACUGCUCUCAGACUGCUGCUUUGUGAGUCAUAACGUGUGCCUGAGCUGGGACAAAAUGUGCCUUCAUACAUCACCAGGACAGCCAGGCACACUCGCAUGGGCCCCUUCUCAGGGGAUGGAGUUACCUGUCUCCAAUAUAACUGUCUGUAAGUGUCCGUGGGAUCUAUAGACUGCAGCAGAAUUCAGACCUCAGAGUUCAAACUUCAUUAGCAGUUCUACUAAUGAACCAGGAGCUAAUGAGGAGCCAGUCCCUGCCUGAUCCCUGCAGGAUCGAUCAGCAGCACGAGUUACUCUCCCACAGACUGACCUGACUUCAAACAGAAAGGGGAAAGAUCGAUGGAAUAAUGAGCUCAUUGAGCUUGGGCUGGCCCAGGGCUGCUG